AUGAAGCCAAUCCAGUUCAUUGUUACACUUGUUGUUGCCGCAAAGCUGGGAACGACUAGCGCUGCUGGCUAUGAUUGGGAACCGGAAGUUGAUGUGGAAAUCCCUGAAAGUGAUGAGGCUACUGUCCACCCUUUGAACGCGUUGCGACGCGCGCAAGCCACGUUGGACUUCUCAAGCUCUGGAUCGGAUGAUCUGGAGUCCACCACUGAUGCCAUGUCGGCGACUGAAACGGAUCUGCCUACCACGAUCAUGGUGCUACUACCUGAUAACCUUGCUGCAAGCUACUCCGGCUCGGGCAGCGUCAUGUUCUUUGAUGGAGCAGUAGACGAAAAGGACAAGAGCGAGAGCAAGUCGGCAGGCUCGGACGCUGUAAGUGAAGACACAUCUGGUGCGGCGCCGGUCGAGAUGGUUACAAUGCUGACCGCAUUUACGAUUCUGCUUGCGCUCGUCACGCUGUAA